CCGGCUCUGCCGGCAGGGAUUCCACGUGUAGGCCGGGAAACGCGGCCGGGUCUUCAGCCUAUUGCCCCGUCGGAAGAUAGCCUCCAGGGCUCCUCUUGCCUCUAGCUGUGAGCUGCCUGGCAUGGUGUUGGGAGAAGCCCCUGAGUCUGCUCAGUGUCCAUCCCUCACUGGCUUGAAUACCAAGGAUGUGGUUUGGAAAAGGCACAAGAGGAGAAGCCGGCAGCACCAGCGGUUCAUGGCCCGCAAAGCCUUGCUACAGGAGCAGGAGCUGUCAAACAUGGCCCCAGGAUCCUGCCCUCCGCCCUCCCCAUCACAGACAUCAGCAGACACAGAGGCUUUGGGCAGCAGAAGGCAGCGUCCCAAGGCCAGGCCUAGCAGCAAAAGGCCUAUUCCUAGAGAAGCCCCAGGACCUGGGCCCAGCAAGUGUGUCGCCAUUGACUGUGAGAUGGUGGGGACAGGCCCCCAUGGGCGUGUGAGUGAGCUGGCCCGCUGCUCUGUGGUGAGUUACCACGGUGAUGUUCUCUACGACAAGUACGUCCGGCCUGAGAUGCCCAUUGUGGACUACCGUACCCGCUGGAGCGGCAUCACCCGCCAGCACAUGCGCAAGGCCAUCCCCUUCCAGGUGGCCCAGAAAGAGAUCCUCAAGCUCUUGAGGGGCAAGGUGGUGGUGGGACAUGCUCUGCACAAUGACUUCCAGGCCCUCAAGUAUGUUCAUCCUCGGAGCCAGACCCGGGAUACCACUUACGUCCCAAACCUGCUCAGUCAUCCCAGCUCCCACACCCGAGCUCGGGUCUCCCUUAAGGAUCUGGCCCUGCACCUGCUCCACAAGAAGAUCCAGGUAGGAUAUCAGGGACACUCGUCUGUGGAAGAUGCCAUGACAGCCAUGGAGCUCUACAAGCUAGUAGAGGUGCAGUGGGAACAGCAAGAGGCCGACAAUGCCAAGGCCCAACCCGAGGAUGGGGCACCCGACAGCAGCACUGACGUAGAGCAAUACAUGGAGGACCAGUACUGGCCUGACGAGCUGGCCUAGAGCACCAGUGGAGACAUGAGGGAGUGAGAGGAUGGGGCCUGCGGGUGGCGGAUGGGGCAGGAAGCCGGGAGAGGUCCCUCUAGGCAGACCUGGGAGACGGGGUCAGGGCACUCUGUCCACAUGUGGGUUCACAGCACCUGGUAUCUAAGGGAUACUCCCUGUGGUUCUACAAAGGACACUAGCUUUGUAGUGCCCAGGAAGUACAGGGAAAGUGCCACAGGACUGUCCAAGGCUGUCCCUGGCUCCCUGAGCCAAGUCUGGGCUCACUGCUCUGCUGUUCUGGCAUACAGUGUCUCCCUGGGGGUGCUGCGUGCUGUGGGUGUCCUGGAGCUCCCUCUUCCCCUCUGGCAGGGUGAAGUUCCGCUGCUCUUGCCACCUCUCCUCUACAGAUAUGUCUAGGAUAAUAGUAACUUAAAUAGUUAAGAAAGCCCUUUAAAGAAGACACCCGUUCCCUGUCCCUGACUUUCUUAGAUGUCCUAUGUCCUAAGGGUAACAUUAGGGGACUGGUAAGCAAGGGUUCAGAUCACACCAUUCCCCGACAAAGCCUCAUCGUUAGGCAAGCCUGUGGCAUCCCGUUGAGCCUGUUUUCCCCUGUAAAGCGGGGGAGCGCGAUAGAACCUACCUCAUGGGUAUUGAGGUGCUUUGUGUGCGUCCUCGUGCUGAAAGAAAAUGGUCUCUAUUCCAGCCACUGCCUGGCUUCCCAGCCACCGUGGCCCAGGCAGGAUUCUGGCUUGGCUUUUCCAGCAGGUGAGGUGGAGCCAGGGCCCGGGCACUGCAGGAGAGUUUAGAGUUGUCUGCAGGUCUUGCUUCAUAGCAGCAUCCUGCCCGCUGUAGUAUUUGGGGAAGUGACAACAGUGACACGGUCAGAAAGGAAGAGACACUACCGAGACCACACUUGACUGCUGUCAGCCAAGGCCCUGAUUGCACAAAACCUUAGUCAUGGAUUGUUUGCUGCCAGCUCCUCCCUGCCAGGGGAAGAGAGGGAGCUGACCCAGUCAUCACCACUUCUGGCCUGGCGCCAGGGGCAAGCUCUGGUUUCCUUAAAAAGCAGCAACUUGUGCCAACCUCACUGCUGGGUGAAUCUUGAUGGCUUCAUUUGCAGGUUGAAGGGUGGUGGGAUGGAUGGCCUUUGUACCGGGAGGAGCCUCCUUUCUCGUGUAGGAUCAUUAAUGCGGGAAUAAAACUCGA